UUAUGAAAAAGUGAAAAAAAUCAAUCAUUAUUUUAUUCAUAAAUGAUUUUCUUGAAAUUAUUUUGCGAAAAGGCUAAAUAUGGAGGAAGAAGAGGACUUUAUAGGUUGCAUUAAUUGCAUGAGUACAAUUGAUUUAUGCGACCUAUUUGUUAAAUACGCGAAUAAUGAACAAACUUAUGCGCAAAUGCUUAAAACCUGUUUCGAUAUUAAGGUAACAAAUGACUAUAAAUAUAUUUGCACGAAUUGCGUCGAGAAACUGGAGAAAAGUCUAUCUUUUAAGACACAAACUGUUAAAAGUAUGGAGAUGCUUCAAAUAAUUAAAGCUGAAGAAUAUCUAGAUGAGAGAAUAUUAGAGGAAGCAGAGGAUGCAGACCCAUCAAAGUCCAGCCUUCGUAAAGUCGCCAUUACCAGAAAGAAUUCAGAUUGCGAAUGUGAGGAAGAUGAAGAGGAACUACACGAAAUAGAAGCCCUUGAUGAAACUACCUGCAUAUACUGCAACCUCAAACUGCCAACAGUGGAAGAGGUCCAUCAUCACAUUCGGCUGGUGCAUGGGUUGGAGCCCCGGACCGGGCGUAGGGUACGCGAAUGCAAAUUGUGCGGCGCUUCGCUGAGGAAUCUCGAGGAUCAUCUUAACAGGUGUCACAGCAAAAACUCAAAAAAAGAAGAUAGAGACUACGCGUGCCACUUCUGUGAAAACGUCUAUAGUACCAAGAAGGCUUGCUUCACGCAUCUCAGGAUGAAGCAUGGACUGAAACUCUGCAAUGACCACGUCCCGAAGUAUUCGUCGCGCGAUCGCAAGAAGUGUUACAUCUGUGAACGAGAUUUCAGCCAAAAGCAGAUCCUGAACAACCAUUUAUGGAAGGCGCAUGGAGUUGAGGUGGAAAAACGCAAAGCGUUCUUUUGCCCGCUGUGUUCUGAUCGCGUGAGCUACGGCGCGCAAUUCAGCGCGCAUUUGCUGCACCGUCACCACGUCGUUGAGGAGGUGCAGGAACUCGAGUUCGGCACUAUGGAUGAUUUCAUGAUGUACAAAAGCGAAAUCCAAGAGCAGACGAAAUAUAGAUUUCGCAAAACCACAGCCAGCAAGCAGACGAUAGAGGGAAUUCGUUCCCACUACAUGUGCAGCCAGUCUGGCAUCUAUGUGUACCAGGGCAAAGGUAAACGUCUAGCGCCGGAACGUCAAAUCUACAAAACUGGCAAAGCGUGUCCCGCCCAUAUGAUUGUCACCGAAACAUUGGACAAAGUUCUUGUCACGUUUUAUAUGACACACGUUGGUCAUGGCACGUGUCCAUACUACGAACCACGGAUGUUAAAAUGUAAGCAAGCAGCGCCCUCUACAUCGAUGGAGGUGACAGAAGAGGGUGUGAGCGAGACGCUGCUAGUGUGCGACACGUGCGGCGCUACUUUACCCGCGGAGAGUCUACAGGCGCAUGUCGCUGGGCAUGCUACCGAGAUGUACCAGUGUGAAUAUUGUGCCCAGAACUUCCAGAAUCUUGAAGAGUGGACGCAUCACCUGCAAUUUGAACACUCAGUUGGGACAGUUUAUUGAGUAUAAAAAGCAGAUUAGAAGUAUCAAAAUUUAAAAAAUCAAAAUUUAAAAUACUGUGCAAUAAUUAUAUUAUUUUAUCUUUACAAACUGAAUCUAAAUCAUCACUUUUAUUAACCUUCUUGAUUUUAUUAUAUUUUGUUCCUUCAUUAA